AUGCCUGCAGCUGCAGCGCACAAGCCACCCCCGCGCCGUAUCAGCUUCGAGGACGAGGACGGCCUGACAGCCCCCUCCGCCGCCUCCAGCAUCAUCACGCCCGACUCCGAGCUGUCCAACCCCUUCGCCGACGCACCUUCCAACGUUGACGAUGUCACCGCCCCCUCGAAAGUGCCUCCGUUAUUAGUACUGGCCCGGGAGAAGCUGCGGAGGUACAACCCGGAUCUCGUCCUGGUGAACUCGGGCAGCGUCGCGCGGGACCACCUCGCGAACGAGCGGACGGUGCUCGCGUACGUGCGCACGAGCCUCGCGCUCGCGUCCAUGGGCGUCGCACUCGUCCAGUUCCUCUCCGUAAAGCAGCACAGCGCGCUAGUGCAGCAAUUCGCGCACCCCCUGGGGGCUACGGGUAUGCUGCUCGGGCUGUUCACCCUCGUCAUCGGUACGUCCGCCCGGUACUUCGUGGUGCAGAACGCGUUGACCCAGGGCCACUUCCCCGUCGCGCGGUCAAGUCUGUUUGGUGUGGGACUUGCGCUGGCGUUGCUUGUGUGCAUAACCUUCGGUGUAUUGGUCGCUGUGCGGGAUUAG